GGCAGCGCAAGAUGGCGGUGGAGCCGCAGCGAGAGGCCGUGUGGCCCGAGGGCGCGGGGGCCGACGCGGGCUUCGUGCGCGCCGUGCUCUCGCUGCCCGAGAAGCCCGAAACCACCGUGCGCUUCUUCGAGCGCGGAGACUACUACACGGUGCACGGCGCCGACGCGCGGCUGGCGGCCCGCGAGCUCUUCCGCACCCGCGCCGUCAUCCGGCAGCUGGCGGGGGCACCGGGAACUCAGAAACUCGAGAGUGUUGUGCUUAGUAAAAUGAACUUUGAAUCUUUUGUGAGAGAUCUGCUUCUGGUCCGUCAUUACAGAGUUGAAGUUUACAAGAACAAAGCGGGGAGCAAAUCUGUCAAAGAAAAUGACUGGUAUUUAGCUUACAAGGGUUCUCCAGGAAAUCUUGCCCAGUUUGAGGAAGUUCUCUUUGCCAACAAUGACAUGUCCACGGCCGUUGGGGUUGUGGGGGUUAAGCUGUCUACUGCUGAUGGACAAAGAGUAGUAGGAGCCGGCUUUGUUGACACCACGCUGAGAAAAUUGAGUGUUUGUGAGUUUCCAGAUAACGAUCAGUUCUCAAACCUUGAAGCUCUCCUGGUUCAACUGGGACCGAAGGAGUGUGUCCUACCAGGAGGAGACACUGCAGGAGAGAUGGGAAAACUGCGACAAGUCGUUCAGAGGGGAGGAAUCCUGAUUACAGACAGGAAGAGGGCAGAUUUCACAACAAAGGAUAUUGUUCAGGAUCUCAAUCGCUUGUUAAAAUCAAAAAAAGAAGAACAAAAGAAUAGUGCAGCACUGCCAGAGAUGGAAAAGCAGGUUGCUGUUUCGUCCUUGUCAGCCGUUAUCAAGUUUUUAGAGUUGCUGUCAGACGAGUCUAAUUUUGGACAAUUUGAACUGACUACUUUUGAUCUCAGUCAGUAUAUGGUUCUAGAUAAUUCAGCUGUUCAAGCCCUCAACCUUUUUCAGAGUUCUGUGGAAAAUGGGAAUACUGCACAAUCUCUAGUUGGUUUACUCAAUAAAUGCAGAACCCCUCAAGGACAAAGACUAGUUAAUCAGUGGAUCAAACAACCGCUUAUGGACAAGAACAGAAUUGAAGAAAGGUAA